UUGGGGCGCCGCUGGGUGAUUUUGCUGCCGGCGCGCCGCUGGACCGUCCUUUUCCUCCAUCUUUGUUAUCGUAUCAGGCAGGUUUCAGAGCCUGGGCGAGAAAUAAGUCACAAUGCCUGGAAGGUUGUGGUGCAAAGCUAUCUUCGCUGGAUACAAGCGCGGUCUGAGGAACCAGCGUGAGCACACUGCUCUGCUGAAGGUUGAGGGAGUCUACACUCGACAGGAGGUCGACUUCUACCUGGGCAAGCGCUGCGCCUAUGUCUACAAGGCAAAGAAGAACACCGUGACUCCUGGUGGCAAACCCAACAAGACCCGUGUGAUCUGGGGUAAAGUCACGCGUGCUCAUGGUAACAGUGGCAUGGUGCGUGCCAAGUUCAGCAGCAACCUGCCCGCAAAGGCUAUUGGGCACAGAAUAAGAGUGAUGAUGUACCCAUCCCGCGUCUAAUGUGCGUUUUGUACAUACAAUAAAAAUAAAAAAAUACGUGUGUUCACGGUA